UUACAUAAUGGCAAAUUCAACAAAACUACUGCAGUUGCAGUCUUUCAACCAGUUUUUUUCUAUCUUGGUUUGCAUCCAUCUUUUGUUAACACAACUCCCAUUUGUUUGUGGAGAAGAGCAACAAGACUUGAAGCAAGCUGUGCCAGAAGGUGUUGAUUUUUAUUCUUUCAAUGUUCAAGACAUUAAUAACAAUAUAGUAUCACUGGAGAAAUACAGAGGGCAGGUGACACUUGUUGUCAAUGUGGCAAGCGAGUGUGGGUACACAGAAGGCCAUUACAGGGGUCUUGAACAGCUGCAGAAUACAUACGCUACAACACAGAAGUUCAGUGUGCUAGCAUUUCCUUGCAACCAGUUUGGGGAGCAGGAGCCAGGGACCCAUGAAGAAAUUCUCCAUUUUGCAACUACCACAAUGGGUGCAACCUUUCCCUUGUUUGCAAAAGUUGAUGUAGUUGGUCCUAAAGUGCCUGAUGCUUGGAGCUAUCUCAUAAAAUACUCAAGCAAAACACCAACCUGGAAUUUUUGGAAAUACCUUGUUGACCAUAACGGACAUGUUCUCAAUGCCUGGGGUCCUUCAGUAAAUCCACAGCAGCUGCACAGUCAUAUCAAGGAUGCUAUUAAUAACAUUCCUCAAGAACAAACUAACUCUAAGCAAAGAGAAGACAAUGAAAAAGAUGAAUUUUAGUUGUGUUCUAGUUAUUAGCAAUGUAACUAGUCGAAUAACAUAAAUUGAGCAAUAUUUUAUGAUGCAUUUCAUAUUUUAUAAAAAUGGAUGGAUGCUUUGUACCUACAACAAGGUAUGCCAGUGGUGAAUUUGAAUUUAUUUUUAAAAAAACAUAAGUUUAAUGCUUCAGUAAAGUCUUUUGACUUAGUGGGGAUUGAAUUAUUUUAUGUGAAAUCCUUUUUUUCUCCACAGUUCUGCAAUUUAAGCACUUUUAAAAUAAUUCUUCUAUUUUUGUCCAACAGUUAAUGUUUUUAAGCUAACAAUGUUAUCUUGUUAGAUGACAAUAAUACUUUUUGUUUGUAAUGUUAGCAUUUCUAUUGGUAAAAUAAUAACUUUUUUGUUAAAAUAACUUACAAAUGUUAUCUAAUAUUUGUUUUUAGUCAUCUUUACUUGCAGUGUUUGGUUUUGUAAAUAAUCAUUUAAAAAGACUAACAAUCUUAGUUAUUUGUACCCUUUUUAUCAUUUUGAUAAUUUCAAUUACUGAAAAUAUUUACUGCUGACAGUUUAAAGUCAGUAUGUAGUUAAUGUACAUCGACAGCCCAGUUUUAAUUUUAACUGUAGGCUACAUUUGUAUUUUUGUGCAGGAUAUUACAACAAUAAUUUAUAUUUUAUUUUGUUAAGAAAAAUGUGUACUUAAUAGAAAUAAAGCAAUACAGAGUUUUAAAAAAAUCACUUAUGUGUGAAAUUACAUCAAGCAUUAUGUGGUAAUUAUAUUUAAUUCUAGUCCUUUUUUUACAUAUCUGUAUAUUUUAAUUUUCCACAAAAUGUUAGGCA